AUGGAAAUAGGAGAAAGUCUUCGAGAAUGGUUCCCUCAGGAUUUCAGUAGAAAGUCUUCUCCGGCCAACUCCUUCAAUCUCCGGCCACAGCCUCCUCCGUCUUCAUCUUCUUCUUCUCUUAUAUCACAAGACAGUCCCCAAAACCUCUCAGAAUAUUCCUCUUUCUUAUUCCCACUCAUCCCUAACUCCCUAAACCUUCAACGACUACUGACGCAGUUAAUGUUCCGUUACAAUCGCUGCUAG